CAUCGUCUUCUUCAUCCCGCAACUUCCAUUAAUCUACUUUCCCAAUUCUCUCUCUUCGUCGGAGAAGAUCCCUGUGGAAACCCUAGACAAAUCGAAGAGAUGGAAAAUUCGAAGGUUCCACCGUUUCUUGAACCAAAGAGAAAGAAGAUUCCUACUCCAAAACAAGCCUUGACCCAAUUACCACCACCACGAAGCGUGAAAAGAGCUUUCACGAAGAACAAAUCGGACCAGGUUUAUGCAAUUUCAAAUCAACUAGAGAUGUCUCACAAUUCAGAUUCAUCUCCAGGAAACGAGUACAGAGCACUGAGACGCAAGUAUUUGCUGCUGGAGGAGGAUAGUUUCGCAGUGGAGAGAGAGUUAAAGGAGGCUGAGGAUGAUGUCAAAGCACUUGAAGAUGAGAAACUUGAGCUUUUGGACAAACUCGUUGUUAUGGAAGGUUUAGUUGAUCCUUAAGAUUCAAAAUCCUAGCACUUUGUCUUGUUAUUGGCCUAUUCAUAUGUACAAGCCCCCCGCCUUAUAUAGUAACAUUGUUUCUGAUUUACAUGACUUGCAAGUAGUAGUGUUUGCAGGUUCGUAUAGAUAACUCUGAACCUCACUUUGUUGUGCUUUUCAAGGUGAUCAAUACGACUAAAACAAUGGUUUUGGAACUAAA